UCAUGUUUGUGAUUAUAUUUUACUUCAACCACAGUAUUAUAUUGACACUUGAACCUCGCACUCUGCGCAAGUUGCGUAUUAACGUAUUUAAUUUGUCAUCUCUUUCGGAAGAUUUACUCAGAUAGCAUUUGCGUUAUCGAGUCUGUAGAACCACUGACGUGAACGUACGAGAUUCGCUAUAUUUAUCGCGAUAUCUUCGUUGACAACAUAUGAGAUAUAAGGAGCAAGUAACUUGAACAGAGAUAGUGCUGCGCCAGAUUUUGCCGUGAUUCUUAGAAGAAAAUCAAAGUGUGAUCAAAGAAAAAUAAUUAUUACAAUGAGAUUGUGGAUAUUGUUAACUGCACUCUUAUUAGUUGCAAUCCUUGCGGCGGAAGUUUCUGCAAAAAAAUCAAACAAAAAUGUGGAAUCAAAAGAUAAUAAUGCAAAAGAAAGGAAAGUUGAUGUGGAAUACCGUACAAAAGAUAAAAAUCAAUCAAAGAACAAAGACAAAUAUAUGAAGGAACAAAAGAAACGGAAAAGCAGUUCAGAACAGAACAUAAACGAAAAAUCUUCUGAAAAAUACUCAGAAGCGAAAAAUUCUUAUAAAUCAGAACAAAAAUCGAAAAACAAGCAGAACAAACGUGAGGAAAAUGAGGAAGUGAUAAAUGAUGAGGGAAACAAAAAUAUUGACAAGAAAUCGAAAUACACGAAAGAUAGUACAAAAACGCAAAAUAAAAAAGAUAAGAAUAAUAAACAACAACCGAAAGAAUUUGAAAAGUCUUCCGAAAGUUCUGAAAAUUCUGAGAUUCGCCAAAAGUUCAAGAAAACUUAAAAGAAGGAAAAAUAAAAAAAGUCGAAAAAUAUUGAAGAAGUUGAAAACAUUGAAAAAAAUACUGAUGUUCAAAAUAAGAAAAAGACAAAGCGCUCCAAAUCUGAAAAUGUUCAGGAAGUUGUUGAUAAAAAUGAGAAGAAAACUAAAUAUGAUAAGAAAAAGAAGGAAGAGGUACUCAAAAACAUGGAAUCCGAAGAAUCUGAGCAAGAACUAGAUCAAGCUGAUAUAACAUCUGAAGAUUCUGAACAGGAAGAAAAUAUGGACAAGAAAGAGGAACAAAAAACUCAGAAAACAUUAAAAAAUAGCAAGAAAAACAAACAAAAGCGUGAAGUAAUGCAAGAAGAAAAAGAAGCCGAAAAGGUGCAACCAGAAGAACAUUACAUUGAAGAAGAAGAAAACAGUGAAGUAGAAACAAAUGAAAUAAAUACUGAGAAAAAUUGUUUAACUGAAACAGAUGAAGAAGUAUGUUCAGCAUCGGAAUAAUAAUAUUUUACUACAUUGAUAGUAAACUGAAGAGCAAUAAAAAACAUAUUUAUGUUAAUAA